AUGUUCUUGCGUAUGCGAAGCGAGAGCUACACAUACGAGUCUCUACCCAUGCCCUCGAGUAUCCGCAUCCUUCAGAUAGACCCGGGAGCCCCUUCCGAUCCGAUUACUUGCCACUUCCGUAUCGUAAACCUGGACGACCGCCCAAGUUUCACCGCCCUUUCAUAUUCUUGGCAGAUGGACCCUUCGCUGGCCACAAAUGUCGUGUACCCAUUGCUCUUAUGGCGUACAAUUCCAGUCAUUUCAUUGCCUUAUGAAUGGCUCACUAAGAUACUUUUGGGAGGCGACAAUGGCAUCGACGAUGUCUGGCAGAGGUUCUUGCAGGAAGUCGAAGGUAGAUGGGCGGACUACAACAAGGGCAAGGAAGGAGACGAGAAGCCCAUAUUUUGCGACGGCAAAAAGAUCAUGAUACAUGCCAAUCUUUACGAAGCCAUGGUUCGCUUACGGUGUUUACGACCUACUGAGUACUGGAUUGAUGCCGUGUGCAUCAACCAAGAGGAUCUGAGCGAGAAAACCCAGCAAGUCCAGAUGAUGGGAAGAAUCUAUGGUUACGCGGAAGAGGUGGUAGUCUGGCUGGGUAACGUGACGAGCUUCGCAGCCUACCCCUUUCAGACAUUGUUCUCAGUCUUUGGGUCAGAGUUGGAUGAGAGAGAUACUGCACCAGGAUAUACGACAGACGACUCAGAGAUUCGAAGGGAUUCAGAGGGGGUAGUAACAGACGAAAAGCUUGACGCAAUGGCCAAAGAACAUCACCAGGAAAGAGACCUCUUCGAGUUAACGCUCACCUCAGCCGCCUUUGCACUCCUCACUCGUCGUUGGUUUCGUCGCCUAUGGGUCGUACAAGAGUCACGUCAGGCUCGUCAAACUCUAUUCUUACUUGGCGAAACCCAGUUCAGGGCCAAUCUCAUCUCGUCGGUGCUGCGGUGGGUUGAAUACAAGAUUAAAAGAUCGCCGAUUAGUCCUACGUCCGACCCACUUACGUGUGUGUCCAUAUGGCAUUCCCACAUCAAGCACAUCCCGGCGAUGCUAAGUUCUAUGAAUUCAUCUCAUGACGAAGAAAAGUGGACUUUGCAGCAGUGGCUACAAAUGGCAAAGAGUCGAAAAGCCGGUGAUGCCAAAGAUGUGGUAUUCGCAGGUCUGUCUCUUAUACGGUCCGAGCAUCUGACGAUUGACACGUCGUUGCAGGCUCGAGGUCGGGGCUUCCAUUGCCGCAAUCCGAAGGGGCGAGAGCAAAUGCCGUCAUCAGAAGGACAAAUGAAGCUAUGGGACAUGUUACAUGCCGACUACAAUGCCGAGACUUCGACUGUACUCUUGAACCUCGCGGCUUGUAUCCUUUCACAUUACGAUCUAUCUACUCUAUUAGACACUACGUUACGAUUUCGGCGUCCCCCGUCACACGCGGCGCUCACCGAGCUACCCUUUACUUCAUUCCCAUCAUGGAUACCGGAUCCGAGAGCAUGGACCUCGAAAGCUUUAGAACCUGUGAUAUCGCGCAACAAUCAUGGCCGUCCGUUUCCGGUCUCUGCGCACAUGUCGAACUUCAAGCCACAGAUAUCAUUCGAUGGCACUAAGUUGGCUGUGACAGCUGCUCUUUUCGACACUGUAUCCCACUGCUGUCCAAUCCUGGACAUCGUACUCAACAUCAAGGACUGUGCGGGCGCUAUCAGGGUGCUCGACUGGAUAGCUGACACAGUUCCUCGCGUGUACCAUCCAACCGGAUGUUCAGGAAUAGAGGCUCUGGCACGCCUAAUAGUAUCGGCUUACGCAAACCCGAAAGACCCCGAGAGGCAAUGGGAAGAGGACACUAUGGCGCGCAGGUUCUGCAAGAUGCUUCAUGAGCUGAUCGAAGGUGUCGUAGGAGAUGGUGUCAAAAAGUGGAACAAGGUACUUGACUCUCUGCCCACAUGGUUACCCACAUGGUUAAAAUCUUUUCCCUGGCCUUCAGGCUGGGCUAUCGAUUACGAUGGUAUAUUCAAAGCGUACGCCAGGAUCAGAGCGAAUCAUCCAGACGCUCCUUGGCCACCAAGCAAUCUUGCGGGUUCAGAAAGGAAGGAAGUCAUCGAUGAGACAAGAGACAUCCUCCCUGACACCUUGACAGGGAUCUCCGAGACCAACAUAACUAGACAAGAAAGUCCCCACUUUGAUGAACAAAGUGACUCAUUGCGAGACACCGGCGAUGAUUGGAACGCUCGUGAGUUUCCCGGGGACUGGGUGCUAGACGUGCUCAAGUACAAUUCCGGAAUAGCAUUGCAGAGCUUAUUCCUCACCAAAGAGGGUUAUCUCGGGAUCGGUCCAAAUUGGCUGAGGAACGGCGACGGGGUCUUCUUGGUAGCGGACGCAAAAGCCCCUUACAUACUCGCGCAGGUGGACGAUGUCUUGCAGAGGCAGGCGCGCGAGAUACGUGAGCAGCUUGACACUGGCAAGAGCAGGUCUGUCAAGCUAACAAACGAACAACGCAAGAGCUUGCGGGAACAACUGCUUGAGAUUGAGAGUAGGCCUCAAGGAGAGAGCGCAUGGCAGCUGGUAGGAGAAGCAUAUGUGGAAGGUGUAAUGAAUGGCGAGGCUGCUGGACUCGCGGAAGCUUGGGCACAAAGGUACGAUAUCGCGUAG